UUUGCCCAACUGGGCCAAUGAGAACACGAGACGCUGAGCGGUUGUUAGGCGACUGAGACCCGCGCAUGGCGGACCCGGCACUGUUCGAGUUUCUCCACACCGAGAUGGUAGCGGAGCUGUGGGCUCAAGAUCCAGACCCCGGCCCCGGGGGACAGAAGACCAGCCUGUUGGUCCUGGAGGGCAUGGGCUUCCGCGUGGGCCAGGCCCUGGGCGAGAGGCUGCCCCGGGAGACGCUAGCCUUCAGGGAAGAGCUGGACGUCCUCAAGUUCCUGUGCAAAGACCUGUGGGUGGCCGUGUUCCACAAGCAGAUGGACAGCCUCCGCACCAACCACCAGGGGACCUACGUCCUGCAGGACAACAGCUUCCCCCUCCUCGUCCGGAUGGCCUCGGGUCUGCAGUACCUGGAGGAAGCGCCCAAGUUCCUGGCCUUCACCUGCGGCCUCCUGCGUGGCACCCUCAGCACCCUGGGCGUCAAGAGCCUGGUCACCGCCUCCGUGGCAGCCCUUCCUGCCUGUAAGUUCCAGGUGGUGAUCCAGAAACCUUGAGGAGCCCCAGGUCCUACUCCCAGACGAGCCUCACAGCACCCCGGCCCAGAGACCCCCCUCCGCUGCUGCCUGUGCUGGGGGCUGGUGCUGGGGAGACCGGGGUCCCUGCGCUGCAGGGUGUCACAGAUGCCCAAUAGAUGGGUGUCAGA